UGGACGGUAGGUGGCAGUGCCUCCAAGAUGAUGCAUAACUGCGCAUGUGCAGGAUUUGAUAACAAACAUGGCGUACCACCUGAUAAGGGACGCUCUUGCAGGGCUGCACCGGCUCCCCCGGAGGAUACUAACGCAGCAUAGCAGGGGAGCCUUAAACGGUUCUCCCGCCGUCUGGAUGUGCAGCUCCACGACACAGCCCAAGGGUUCGUCGGAAGAACAUUCUUCUGCCCGGAGAGACGAGGAGGAAACGGCGGAAAGACCCGAAUACAUCCCCAGGAGAAAAGCGAAGAACCCCAUGAUGAGCAUUGGCUACGCUUGGAUUAUAGGUCUACCCAGCGGCAUCAUCGCCUUUGUUCUUGCCAAGAGACAAGUGGACAAAAACAGACUGAAGCAGCUUAAAGUCAGACAGAGGAUGAAACUGUCAAAUGAAGGCGACUACGAGGGGAGCCGCUACCGCCGCCAUACCCAGGAGGUCAAACUGGACCAGUGAUGUGGUGCAAAUGGGAUUCAAAAGACUACAACUCAGUUUUAAAGAGUGUAUUUAAACAGAGAUCAUUUAUGUUACGAAUGAAACCUCUCAAAGAAAAGUUUUGUAUUUAAUAUGAA